AUGUCGACUGAAACCGACCAACAGGCGGCAUCGUUGGACACAGGCCGGUCCAGAGUCGCUGGAAGGAAGGCGAAAAAAAGCACCCCUCCGAUGAUGCUGGCGCGCCUUACUGCGCUGACGUGCUUCUGUAGAGUAGAGGCCAUACUCUUCGACGAGCCACUAACGAAACCCUUGGACGACAUCACCGAGGCCCGGCAGCUUCUUGCGGUCAAGCUGCGGCAGCUGCACGACUUUCAGUUCGAGCAGUGCGUCGAUCCACACCGGGGCUCGCUCAAUGAUGUUUACACGGAGGAGCAGUUCCGCAUUCUCGUUUCAGACAUCCUGCCGUACUGGGCCAAGGAGUACUUUCGGGAGUCGAUGAGUUACCCCAGUCAGUCGCUGUGGAGGGCCUUGGCCGUGAGGGUGAUGAUCCUGAUGGCGCAUCACAUGCUGGGCAGGGGGAUAAGCAUCCGCGAGAUCCGCUACUGCAAUAUGUUCACUCACGUCCUUCCGCCCAUCACGAACAGCAAGGGGGAAUCGUCUAUCCACGUUCUCGUGGUCGCCUAUCGCAACUCCAUCAAAGACAACAAGCUCGGCCACCUGUACCUGACUCGACACAUGGACUUCCGGCAGUGCGGCUUCGGAGCAGUGUUCAUGUGGAUACAUUUCAUUUUCGACCUUGUGCCGCUCUACUACAACAACGAUAAGAUCGUGCCCCCCUUGGAUUUCAGCAACCCGGAAAAUUGGUCAAAGAAGCACCUGUUCUUCGCCCUCUUCGACAAAGACAAGACCGAGUUGCCGUACGCGACUCAUGCCAAAUGGGUUACCUGGGCGAUGAAAAGCGCGGAGUGGAUCCUGUCGAAAGUCACACAUAUCUUUCGACGGUCUGCGGCACAGAUCCUCGCCGACAAAAACUGUGAACUCGACAACAUCGCGCAGCUGGGUCAAUGGGACAUGAACGAGAUGCGCAGGUCAUACGUCACAGGCAUCCCGCGCGGGGCCAUCCAGCUGCAAGCGGGUUUCACGAAGGAACCCGGUGACUAUUACCUUGGAAGAUCGAAGACCGAAGUACCCGCGAAGGUCCUGAAGGCUAUCGAGGAGCACAUAUUUCCAAAGGCGGAGCAGUGGCUCGACGAGGCGAUGGAAUGGAACAACGAGCAGGACAAGGAGCAUAUGUUCUUCGCAGCGAAAAGUUUCUUGAAGGCCCUGCAAGCCGCCCGAAUGCCCAUCGCCGAGGAUCUUGCGAUGUACUACGUCCAUUGUGACGACCACCCCUUCGACGGAGUGACUGUUUGCGACUGCGAGCGUCACCCAUAUGCACAGAUGUCCGGUUUGUGCAAGGAUAUGGAUUUCCAAAAAUGGGCGCUUGACGUGUACCUGCUUGACAAGUACGGCAUCGAGAUGCGGACCAACCCCACGCUGUCGAGAGCCUCAGACGCAUCCUUUCAACUCAACACCAAGCACCUCAUCACGCAACUUCGGGCAGAGGUAAACUUACACAAGGAGGAGGGUGGGAAAAAAGAAAUCAAGAUCAAGGGCCUCGAGAAGAAGGUCGAGUCAUUGGUGCGGGAGAAGGGCGCGAUGCAAGCGGAGUUCGAGGCGAAGGUAGAAGCACUCGCGCUACUGCAGAAAGCGUUCGAUGCACUGAAGAUUACCGCCGCGACAAUCGCAGCUGCGAAUGUAGGGGGGAGCGAGAGUGUGCCGCAGACGGCGACCGAAGAAACCACCCCGCCACCACAGCAGCCCCCUCAAUCAACGCCCACUCAACAGAGCAAGGGCAGCCAGCUCGACCAAACAUUCUUCGACGCAGUGGUGUGGCCGUGGUGCACUUGCGAGACCGUGCGGCAGGCGUGGUCGUACUGGGACGGGCCAAGCCCGCUGAACAACGGACACAGUCUUCGACACGCUUACAGGAGGGGUUUCGCCGUCAAGUUCAGCAAGUUCACUCCGACUCCUCCCACCGUUCCCCCCGAUGCGGUGGACCAGCCAAAAGAAAAGCCACCGACCCCAAAAGCUGUCGAGUCGAGAUUGCGGAAGAUGGAGGUUGUCAUGAGGGCCGUCGAGAUGUUCAGGGUCGAUGACAGCAGGGCGGCUACGUCGACGAUCAUUGAUAAGCUUGACUCAAUAGUCACGAACCACUCGAUCAACAUGCUGGGUGAAGGGCUCGUUCUGAAAGAGGAUUCGGGGAAGCAGCUCACGAAGAAGCGCAAAGUCGAGACAGCAGAAGACAACCGGAAGGACAAAGAUCGCCUCAGGAUCACGCGGGAGCUCAUUCGCGUCGAGCUUCGAACCACGAAAUGGGCCGAGAACGUGUUCAAAGACAAAUGGAAAGAGUUCAUGAAAACAUGGGGCGAGAGCCCAAAUUCGACAGGCAAUCAUGACGAGGGGCGAAACUAG